AAAGGGUAUCAAUAGAAGCACUAAAAGUGUAAUAAAAUAUUGAAAUGAGAAAAAUCUUCUAAUCUAAAUCAUGUGGUUUAAUGAUAUAUGUUAUACAAAUAAUAAAAAAAGUAUAUGAAAGAAACUAAUUGGUUCAGUGUUCAUGUUCGAUAUACACAUAGACAGACAUACAUGUACUUACAAAAUAGAUAGACUCAUUCAUACAUGUGUACAAGAUUGGAACUAAUUGAGAAGUACUUCAGUUUACAAAUUUACUUUUAUUUACUAACGUCAACUACUUUUUUGUCUUCUUCUUCAAUAUACUCAAGUUUAAUUCAUAAAUUAACAUUUUCUUCAUUAUUUUUUUUCGUGCAUAAUUUAAAUUUUACCACCAUUGAACUAUUUAUUUCAUUUAAACAAACGAAUUUCCUUGUUUACUUUUGAAGUUACUGAUUUUAAAAAAAAAUAAAUAAAUAACAGUUUAAUGUUUCCUUUUUCUUUGUUAAAUAUGGAGGAUUUCACUUUCAAUAUUCAAUCCAUUCCAAUAUAUUGGACAUUGAUUAAUUAUUGAUAAUUUGGUUCAUUAUCAUCAUCAUCAUCAAAAUAAACAAACAAUCAAACUCAAGGUCAGAUUUCAAUUUUAAUAAUAAUAAAACAAAAUCAGUAAAAUGUCUAUGAAUAAAUCGAAUAAAAUGGCUUGUAUACCAGCGAAUAUUUACUGUGAGUAUACACAUGAUCGAUAUCAAGAUGAAGGACUUCGUCUAUUAGAAAAAUAUUUACCAUAUUUAAAUCCAGAGACUGGUUUAAGAAAUCGAAUGAUUACUCGUGAUCCCGUAACUGGUUUGGGUGAUCUAGAAGCUGAAUGGAAUCCUCUUAACGGAUGUCAUUUACGUAGAAGACACUUUCCUCAUCGUGAUCCAAUUAGAAUGGAAGGUGAUAUGGGUACUGAAUACAAUUGUUUGUAUACUACUAAAGAGCUCACAUGUAAAGAUCGUGUUAACCGUGAUCCAAUAACACUUCAAGGAGAUUUAGGUGAGGAAGUAGACAUGUUAAGACCACAUGGUGGUAGGCCAAGAAAUAAAAUUGAUCAUAACAUACAUGUUUCAAGGUCUGAUUCUAUCAGUGGUCGAUGCGAAUAUAAUGUAGAAAACAAUUCAGUAAAUCAGUAUAAUGAAAGACAAUGUAACGAAGAAAAUUCAAAAAGAUAUUCUUAUCUUGCUACAGAUCCGAUAACUCAUUCACUGCCAGAAACAAAACUAGUUCGAUCUCAAUCAGUACGACAUUAUAAAGAAGCAUGGGCUACUCAUGAUCCAAUUGGUUAUAUGCACAGAACUGGUACAUCAUAUAAGACGGAUAAAGUUCGAGGAAUGAAACAUUUUCCAAGCAAUAAAAAUCCCGUGACUCAUCGAUUAUCAACUAAUCAUCAUCGGCAGCAGCAUCGUCCCCAACCGACAUGCACUGCCUCAAUAUCUAAAUUCAAUACCCUUAGAGCGAAUACUAAUCCAAUUACACAUCAACAGAAAAAUAUAUCUUCUGAUCAAUCAUCAAUUGGACUGAACGAUGAAACAUCGACAAUCGGAGAUUUCAAUGAAGUGACUAUAGGCAAUGUGUCUGCAGUUUCAGAGAGUAGAAAGUUACGAAAGGUUAUUCGAAAUCCCAUUACUGGUGAAGGAAUGUGUGACAGUGAUUAUAUUGACCUACUUAAAUUACCAAGUGAAUAUUAUUUCCGUAGAAAUCGAGACACUUUGUCAUCGACAUUAAAUAUCCAUUCACAUUCACCACCCGUACAACCAUCGUCAACAACUACACCUUCAACUAAUACUGCUGUUGCUGUUAAAAAAGCGCCUGCUCAGAAAGAUGCAAAUCCAACGAGCAAACUAACUGCGAAUAAGCCAAGACAUCAAACACCGCCGCCACCAUCACAACUAGCUUCUACACAACAACCAUUGAAACUGGAGCCAAAAGUUGAAAAAAGCACCCCACAACCUAUAGAAAAGAAGGUUAUUCGCCCAAAAAAAAUCGAGGUGCCAACCGAGAAACCAGUUAAAGAAAGCAAACAGCCGGCCACUAGUGUCACACAGUCACAACCAAUUACUGAGACACAGGCGUCUACAAAAAAAGCAGAACCACAAGCACCGAAAGCGGUUGCAGGACCACAAACACUAGAGACUGAGAAGCAGCAAACGCCGACAGAAGUAGCUAAGCCAAAGACACCAAAAACCGAGAAACCAGAGAUACCAAAAGAAACUGUAAAACCACAGACACCAGAAACUAAGGAACCACAAACCCUGAAGGAAGCCACAAAUUUACAGACACUAAGUGAAAUACCACAAGCACUGAAAGAAGUGGCUAAGACGCAAACACCAAAAAUCGAGGAGCUAAAAACACCAAUUCCACAGACACCAGAAGAAACCGUGGAACUACACACACCAGUAGAAACUCCGAUAACUCUCGCUAGUCACGCUUUAGCAGAGACAACUGUAGAAACAAAGUCGACCGGGAAGCCUCUACCACAAUCGUUGAGUGAAGAACUGAAGUCGGCCAUCGAUGAAUUCGAACCCCCACAACCCGCAACAUUCUCAGCAAACGACAAACUACCGGACGAGGUGAGCGAGGACAAACGCAGCCCCGCUGUCCAGUCCCCGCCAAUUAGUGAAGCAUGGUUAUCUGUAGACAACAAGAUGCCCCAACUACCUGACGCACAAACUUCGAAGGACGAUCUUACACCCAAACCAUCUACAGAAUUGCCGGAGACGGGACAGGUAUAAGUAGCCCCGUGGAAUACAUGUUCAGCUGGCUUACUAAAUCUGAUGGUUGCUGAUUGGAUUAUUCUCAAGUAUUUAGUGGAAGAGAACUGUGCUUCUUUUAGCGCAUUUUGUUCUCAAUUUUCUUUUUAAGCUUAACCCCGGGUGAUGGAUAGUAUUUUCGUUUAUUAUUUAAUUCAGAAAAUUUUAACUUUCGGCAUAAUGAGAAUGGAUCAUGACUUUCGUGUAAUGUUUCCGAUAUUUCGAUAUAAUGAUCAAACAAAUCAGCAAGCCAUAUAUAUUUUGAUAUUUUUCAACAGUAUAUUCACUUACUGUUCCUUAACAGAUACGCUACACCACUUUAAAACUGUCCCGUACUGGAUCUAUAGUUUGAUAUCAAGCACCGCCAAGCCAAACAAAUUAUAGACCAGGAAAAGCACUUUUUAUUGAGAGUAUAGGAUAAUAAAACUGGGAUAGCACUUCAGUGCUGAGAUUUACAGAUAUUAAAUCUUCACAAAAGAAGAACUGAACCGUAAACAACCUAUCGA